AUGAAGUUAUCGAUUAGAAACCCCACAGCAGUCUUCGUCGGGCUCACAUGCCUAACUGGUACAUACGCCCAAGGACUUGGAGACACAUCGAAUUCUUCAGAAGACAAGCUAAGCUUCGAUGAACGAGCUCGAAAUGGCAUUCAAGCAUUCAAAGAACGCUACAGAGACAAGGCUAGCACUCUGGAAGUCCCCGAAGAAAACGAAUGGGCGGCCCCGAGCGACGAUAUUAUCGUCCGAAAACCCGCAUGGGAUAACUUCGUAACCGACCUUACUACCGACAUGCCUGAAAACCCCAUGUGGUAUCUCUUACGAACGUCGCAGCUACUUCGAUAUUUCUCAAGGGAUGUGGAAGCAAUGGCUGCUGGGAUUUACCAAAACACGAAGAAUGAAACUUGGUUAGACUUUCGAGAUGAAUACUUUGAUAUUAUUUCACCGUUAAUGACGGAGUUUACAUGGGAAAAACCGGAUUCGAAUAAGCCAGGGCAUUUCUAUCAAGCAAAACAUCGAACACCCAGAGCACCUUCUGGGUUGAUGGAUAGGGCUGGGAUCUUUGAUUCUUCGUUCCCACCUGAUCCAUGGAGUUCAACCUUGUCUAAUGGGACGCCUAAUCCAUAUACUCCCGAUGCCUUUGCCCUAAAAGUUGCGGUUUCAAAAUUGUUCCAACCAAAGCCCGAUGACUACGAUGGACAGCAGGUAGUCUCCAUCAACGAUAGCCGCUUUGAUUUGCUUUGGACGACGGUAAAGCAAGUUUACGACCGUCUAGCCCUAUUCACAGUGAAACUCGCCGCAGUUAUCAACGCGCAGGAAUGGAAAGUGGGUGACCCAGGCGCCCCUACUAAAAAGCUAGACAUGAGACCACGUCAAACCCGCGAAUACAAUCGCAAAGAGGAGGGAUACAAAUCGUAUUACGAAAAGUUUUCGGAGGAAUUUGAUGCGUACGAUCAAGAAGAAGAUCCUAGUAAAUGGGCUCAAAGCUACUGGGUAUUUGGGUUACUCCAGGGUCAUAAAGAGGGAGUAAACACGCCCACUAAUAUAUUCGUAUCUUAUGGAAUCCUCGUUACUACGGUCUAUCAUAGCGUACUCGCCUUGAUGAUGGAUAUGUUAGCGGAUAUUGCACUUAAGGCAAAUAUUUUGGCGAGGAAAUCGGUAGUGAGCAUCGAUCCUCUUUGGGCGCUCCCGAAAGAUCCGAACUUUGAAGUGGAUGUAAGUACUUUGCGGCAGUAUCCAGAGUGGACAGGAGGCGUAUAUAUGACUUGGGGGUAUCCCAUCCCGGAGGCGAUCCUUCCGAUGUUCAAACCGAUCUUCGAAAAGCAGAAGCAGCAGCGACAGGAGCAGUAUGAUCUCUGGAAACAAAAGAAGAAAGUUGGAAAGAACGCCGCCCUUGGAAGCAAGCCGCAGUAG